AUGAAAAAUUUAUUAAGAUUUGGUCGUGAAGUUAUUAUUAAACAUAAUGAUAUUGUUUCAGAACGAGAUUUUAAAGUACGAAAAAGAAAUAAAAAUCUUUCUCUAAUCAAAGAAAAGAUUAUGGAAGAAGUUGAUCCAACUGUAAUAAAACAUCACCAGUUAUCUUCAUUAUUAAAUGUCUCACCUGUGUAUAGUUCGUUUUUAAUUCAAGACGAAGAAGAUAAUUCUCAAGAACAAACACAAAUUAACAAAUAUGCUUUUAUUUUGCAUGGAACAGCCGAAGAAGCUAAACACAAUUUUGCUCAAUCUAUUGAUUAUAUUCGUCUUGGUUCUGGAUGUCGUGUCAAAUAUGCAGGUGAUUCUUCGUGUCUUCCUGAGGAUCAUCAAUCACAUGAUAAACAAAAAGUUGUAGUUACGAAUAUACCAGAAGAUGUUAGUGAAGAUGAUCUGCGUCAUUUAUUUCCUAACUCUCGCGUAUCGAGUUAUUGUCCAGCACGGACUGUUCUUCGUAAAACUGUGUCCACCAAAAUCUCCGGCAGACACAAGACUUUAUGGGGGUAA